AUGCCUCCGAAAGCCGCAGACAAGAAGCCCGCCUCCAAGGCCCCUGCCACCGCCUCCAAGGCGCCGGAGAAGAAGGAUGCUGGCAAGAAGACUGCCGCUUCUGGUGACAAGAAGAAGCGCACCAAGGCGCGCAAGGAGACUUACUCUUCGUACAUCUACAGAGUUCUGAAGCAAGUCCACCCUGACACUGGUAUCUCCAACCGGGCAAUGUCAAUUUUGAACUCUUUCGUCAAUGAUAUUUUCGAGCGCGUUGCGACCGAGGCCUCCAAGCUUGCUGCUUACAACAAGAAGUCGACGAUUUCGUCGCGGGAGAUCCAGACAUCUGUCCGUCUGAUUCUACCCGGCGAGCUUGCCAAGCACGCAGUAUCGGAAGGCACGAAGGCCGUCACCAAGUACUCCACAUCGACGAAAUAA